AUGGCUACAGGCCAGCAAUCUAAUGCUCCCCAGAGCCGUCGGGUCGGGGAGCAUUGGAGUGGUGCCAAUCCAAUUCCAACCAUUCAUCACUUUAUGGAACAUAUCGAUGCCGAGAAGAAAGAACGUGAUCGCAGGAUAGACGAAGAAAAUAAAGCCAAGAAAGAGAAGGCUGCACGUGAAAAGGCGCAACGGGCGUCUGGAAAACAACCAGAGCAAGCAGAUCAAAAAGAUCAAAAAGACGGAGAUGCCGUCGCUCAUAAGCCACGUGAAGUCUCCCAAGCCAAGAUGCGUACCGUGACAGAUCCCACCACGGGCAAGGACAUUGGCGUUGAGGACCUAGACGAGACAGCUAUGGACGCUGUAACGAAUCCAAUGUUGACAGUUCCGAAUGCAAAUCUUGGGAAACCCACGGACGUUCAAACAAGUGCCGAUCAAGAUCUUGCAGAGUAUAAAGAAAAACAAGACAUCACCGCACCCCCCGAUCCCAUCGCCGAAGGCACGACCUCCGAUGUUCCCAUUCGAGGAGAGAAGACCAAUGUUCUAUUCCACCCCACGCCGACUGUUUCAUACCAGCCUAUGUUUGAGUCAUUGCAAAAGCGUGCGACGGCACUUUGCAUAGGGAUACCUGUUGCCAUAAUUGUACUGGGGCGGAUGUUCGGAGGAUCUCUUUGGGGCCUUAUUCCCUUGGCUGCAUGCGUCACGAGCGGCGUAUGGUUAUGGAUGCAGGAAGUUCUUCGCAGUGGUCGAGCAAUGGAGUGGAGUAGCGAGCAUGUUCGUGGCCAGAUGGCCACUGCCAAUCUCCUUCCUGAAUCCGUCGAGUGGAUGAACAGUUUCCUCGGAGUUAUAUGGGGACUCGUUAAUCCAGAGAUGCUGACGCCUGUGGCCGACACAAUCGAAGAUAUCAUGCAAGUCUCUGCGCCCAAGGUUGUAGAGAAUGUUCGAAUCGCAGAAAUCGACCAGGGUGAUAACCCACUACGAAUUCUGAGCAUGCGGGCUCUACCCGACGAUCAUGUGCAGGAUUUGAAGAAAAACAUCCGCGAGGAAAACAGAAAGAACAAGGAUCCACAGGAAGCCGCUGCUGCGGAGGAAGGAGCGAGUUACUACAACAUGGAAGCCUCCUUUGCCUAUCACGCAAAGCCAACUGGCCAGUCUGCUUCGGCAAAGGCACGCAACAUGCACAUGCAGCUGGUCUUCUAUCUCGGAAUUCGAGGCUUGUUUGGUGUGCCGUUCCCCGUGUUCGUGGAACUGAUUGAACUCGUCGGAACUGUCCGCAUGCGCUUCCAAAUGAUGCCCGAAGCACCGUUCAUGAAGGAUGUGACUUUCACCUUGGUCGGCAUUCCCCACGUCAGGGCUGGCUGUAUGCCAAUGUUCCGAACGGGAGUGAAUGUUCUAAACCUACCCUUGAUAUCCAACUUUGUCAACUCCGCUAUUAGUACCGCGUGUGGCAUGUUUGCAGCUCCCAAGUCAAUGACCAUGGAUCUUGGUAUGAUGUUGACAGGAGAUGACAUCCACAAAGAUACUCUGGCUCUUGGUGUGAUGUGGAUUCGCAUUCACCGCGCUGUCGGUUUGAGUAAACAGGAUGCUCGUGGCAGCGAGGGUGGUGGCAGUGACCCAUACAUCAACCUGUCCUUCUCGAAGUAUGGCAAGCCUAUGUAUUGUACCCGUGUGAUUACGGAUGACCUCAACCCAAUUUGGGAAGAGACUGCCGCCCUUCUUGUGACGCCAGAACUGAUCAAGGCCGAUGAAAAUCUGAGCAUCGAGCUCUGGGACUCUGACCGUAACACAGCUGAUGAUAUUGUCGGCAAGAUCGAAUUACCUAUCCGUGAGAUGCUUCAGCAUCCCAGUCAGAUGUAUCCCCAGGUGUCAAAGCUUCAGGGUAUGGAUCAGGGCACUGAAAUGCCCGGUCAGCUGCAUUGGGAAGUUGGAUACUUCGGGAAACCAAAACUUCGCCCUGAGCUGCGUACUGAUGGCAAGAAGAAAGACCUUCCUGAAAACCUAAAAGGCAACCCGACUUUCGAAGAUGAAAAGGGAACUAUCAACAACGACGAAGAGGAUGCCGUUAUGCAUACACCACCUGAUCCAAUUUGGCCCAGUGGUAUUGUGCACAUUGUUGUGCACCAGAUCGUCAACCUUCAGCUUGCCAAUAUCAAGGGCAGUGAUGGGAACCGCAAGGGCAAGGAGUAUGAGCCGGCGAAGCAAUAUGGUGAGAACACAGAGGAGCAGGGUGAAGAUCUUCCAACAAGUUACUGCAAGGUUAUGUUGAACGAUCAACUGAUCUAUCGCACUCGUGCAAAGGCUGUGAGCUCCAAGCCUAUCUUCAACGCAGGAACUGAACGAUUUGUUCGCGACUGGCGCUCAGCCGUCGUGACCAUUACCGUCCGAGACCAACGCUAUCGCGAACACGACCCCAUCCUUGGUGUGGUUCCCCUCAAGCUGUCCGAUAUUCUUCAAACCAGCUCGCAGGUGACCCGCUGGUAUCCCCUCGAUGGUGGUAUUGGGUUUGGACGUAUCCGUAUCUCUCUUCUGUUCCGCCAUGUGGAGACUAAGUUGCCACCUCCUAUGCUUGGCUGGGAUGUUGGCACCUUUGAAUUUGCUGGACAAAGUAUCAUCGCGAAGGGCUAUGGUCGACACACUAAGAUCAAGCUGCGCACCGGUGGCAGCGUUGGCAAGAUCACCCGACACAAGUGUCACAUGAAUGGCAGUGAUGCGGAAUUCGAUACCUCCGAUGAGACUUUCCGUGACUCACUGCGCAUGCCUGUGAAGCACCGAUACCGCUCUCCAAUUGUGUUCGAGUUCCAUAAUCAGGGCAAGCGAAGUGCAGCAGCAUACGCUGUUUUGUGGCUCCAACACCUUGUCGAUAACGAGGAAACAGACAUCGACCUUCCCAUCUGGACGACAAAGAUGGGUACUCGCUUGACACAAAAUUACAUCACAGAGGAGAAUUGGAAGGCCAAGGAGACACCUGGACUCGAGGACUUGACGGAGGUGGGACGCCUACAAUUCCGAUGCAAGUUCUCACCGGGCAUUGACGAGUCGCACGAGCGGUUCGUGGUUGAUAACGACUCCCGCGAGACCUUCGAGACCUGGGAAGCGUGUCUGUCCCAAGGUGUGCGUUCCCGCACCGUGAAAGUCGAAGUUCCCGUCGAAGUGCAAGAAAAGCACGAGCAGUCUUUGAUCGACGGACGGGACAUAUUGAAGCAAGCCUCGCCCUCUGAGCGUCAGCGGUGGAUCGACCAUCACGGCCAAGACUGGAGUGGUGCAUUUGGUCAAGACCCGCGUGCCUUCACUGAUUCCAUCGGACGCAAGGUCGCCGAGCCUGGCCGGGACGAACCUCCCCAUGACCCUCUCCAAAGCGAAGAUCACGACGACGACGAAACCUCAGAAUCAGAUGACGAGCUCGAGCCCUUGUCCAAUGGACCCUCGACAAUCAGUGGUGGUACUGGAAAUGGGCCACCUGCGUCACAAGCCAAUAUGAGUACCAGCCAGAUCAACAGGGCGAAUAAACACAGUGAGCAGCGACAGCAGCGUGGUCUCAUGCAGUGGAAGCCUGCGCGGAAUGCUGCUUUUGCCAAAAAUGAGGCCAAGUAUGCACUUCGUAAGAUAAAGAAGAAGGUUGGAGCUGGUGGUCUCACUGGUCGCGAGCCAGAUGUCGAGACGGAGACUUAA